AUGGCGUUCACCAAUGCAUUGAGUGCUUCAAACCUUCUUAAACAUAAAGAAAAGGCCAGCUCUAACGUUAUAAAACUAACCAAGAAUAACUAUGAAAGAAUUUUAGAAGGUCCAAGAGAUUCUUACAUCGUGCUACUUUUAACAGCUACCAACCCUCAAAUUGGCUGUACUAUUUGUCAACAAUUGAAUCCAGAAUUUGAUAAGAUAGCUGAUUCUUGGUUCUCGGAUCACCCAGAUGGUGACAAUUUAUUCUUUGCAAGAGCUGAUUUUGCUGAUGGUUAUCGUGAAAUUUUCCAAGCUUUCCAAUUGAAUAAUGUCCCAAGAUUGUACUUAUACUCUCCAUCUGAAGAUAACCAAGCUUUCAACGAAGGUCUUGAACAAUUACCAAUUCCAAACGCUAAUUUAGCAUUAGAACUUGCCCAAAAUUUGAAAGAAGCUACACAAAAAAACAUCAACGUUUAUGAACCAGUUGCUUAUGGUAAUAUUAUCAUCACUGCAGUUUUCACCUUCUGUUCUGUUUUAUUAAUCAAGAAAAACUUUGCUUCUGUCUCUACAAUCUUGAAAAGCAGACCUUUAUGGGGUGGUCUUACUGUUUUUUCAAUCUUGAUCUUUAUUACUGGUUAUAUGUUCAAUGCAAUCAGAGGGUCCCCAUAUGCUAGACCAACACAAGAUGGUGGUACCGAGUACUUUGCUCGUGGUCAGCAAAGUCAAUAUGGUGUUGAAACUCAAAUCUUGUCAUUUGUCUAUGGUAUUUUAGCAUUUUCAGCAGUGAGUUUAGUCACCAAAGUUAAAUCAAUUGAAAAUGAAAAAGUUCAAUUUGUUGUUGUUGCCGUUGUCAGUUUGAUCAUUCUUUCUGCUUAUAGUAUUUUGAUGCUGAUCUUCCAAUUCAAAUCACCUGGAUAUCCAUACCAUUUACUUCAACUAUGGUCAUAA